AUGGAGCAGCAGCGUACACCAGCAGCAACAGCAGCAGCAGCAGCAGCAGCAGCAGCAGCACUCCUCACCAGGUGUAUAUACACUCUACCCAUACCCUGGGCCCUAGACUACACCAGACGCUUCGGUGUUUUCUCUUCUUCCUUUCUUGCUGCUGCUAUCAACAAAACUACUAAUCCUUCUUUCUUUGACUUUGUUCUUUUCUCUUCUUCCUUUCUUGCUGCUGCUAUCAACAAAACUACUAAUCCUUCUUUCUUUGACUUUGUUAGAUACCAAAGACACGGGGGUGUGCGUCCGCUGCCAGCGAUCGUGCGGCACCCUUAUAGGCUGUCUUCGUUUCUUUUGCUGCUGGGAGAAUGCUCAGCUAAGAAGUAUCUGUAUAUACACCUGAAGAGACACGGGGUGCUGCCGCCGCAGCAGCUGCUGCAGCAGCAGCAGCUGCAGCAGCAGCUGCUGCUGCAGCAGCAGCAGCAGCAGCAGCAAUUUGUUCUCUCCCCACACCCUCAGGAUCAUGCAGAUCUCGUUAAGCAGCAGCAGCAGCAGCAGCUGCUGCAGCAGCAGCAGCAGCAGCAGCAGCAAUUUGUUCUCUCCCCACACCCUCAGGAUCAUGCAGAUCUCGUUAACUCACCUUUUGCUGCUGCUGAAAAAAUGCUUCUACCACCCAGCAGCAGCAGCAGCAGCAGCAGCAGCAGCAGCAGCAUAGGCAGCAGCAGCACCACCGCCAGCAUUGACAGCAGCAGCAGCAGCAGCAGCAGCAGGAAGAGAAGCAGCAAAAGAGAAGAGGAGAUCCCUCGUCCCCCUCUGUAUGACCUCAUUCUUGCUGCUGAGCAUAUGGGUGUAGAUUACAAAGAACUCCUCAGCAGCAGCAGCAGCAGCAGCAGCAGCAGCAGCAGCAGCAGCAGCAGACAGCAGCAGCAGCAGCAGCAGCCAGCAGCAGGAAGAGAAGCAGCAAAAGAGAAGAGGAGAUCCCUCGUCCCCUGGAUGAGCGUACGUUAUGGAAUUGUUGAGGGGAAGGGGUGGACGCGGCUGCAGCAGCAGCAGCAGCAGCAGCAGCAGCAGCAGCAGAGGCCCCUGGGGCCCCGAAGGAGACACCAACCCCACGCAGUGCUGCGCUGCAGAAGGAGACAAAGAGCUGCUGCUGCUCUUGCUGCAAGGGUGCAGCUGCUGCAGCAGCAGCAGCAGCAGCAGCAGCCCCCUGCUGCAGCAGCAGCAGCAGCAGCAACACGUGCUGCUGCAGCAACUCCUGCUGCUGCUGCAGCAAAGCGGGCUCAAGCAGCAGCAAGAAAGUGA